UUCCGGGUAGGAUUUGUUUUUUUGUAACACACUUGUCAUGGCCGUUAAAGCACAGGUGCCCUAGCUAAAUUAUGUAGCGUUGUCUAUUUUCUUUUUAGCUGUAGUGUUGCGUUUUGCAGCCAUUUUGAUGUGAUGCUAUGUCGGAUAAACGUCAGCGUGCCAGAGUCCAGGGCUCCUGGGCAAAGCAACUGCCAAAACCCUCUAGACCAACAGGUGCAGUCCCAAACAACCAACAACCCAUAAAUGUCAACCCAGCCCCUAGUGCUUGGGGAUGUGGUCCACAGAAAACACCUAACACAUUUGAGUUUCACCAGCCCACCAAGCCAGUUAGAGAUGUUCCACCAGAGUAUGUGAUGGAGCAGGCAGGUGAUCAUGAGAUCAGCAAUGGACCAUCAGGAGUGUCCAGACUGCGGCUGCUGCCUGGGUUUCUUCCCCCAGAAGAGGCUGACUGGAUGUUCAGUAAGCUGUUAGCAGAGCUGCCCUGGUCCAAGAAGACCAACUACAGACAGGGUGAGGCUUACGAGGAGCCCAGGCUGACUUGCUGGUAUGGAGAGUUGCCCUAUACAUAUGCUCGCUCCACCUUGGCUGCUAACACACAGUGGCAUCCAUUACUGUUAACCCUUCGCGAGGCAGUGGAGCAGGUGACCGGAGGCAGCUUCAACUCACUGCUGUGUAACCUGUAUCGGGACGGCCAUGACAGCAUCGGCUGGCACAGUGAUAUCGAGGCUGGCUUGGGUACCAAGCCCACCAUCGCCUCCGUCAGUCUGGGCGACACUAGAGUAUUCAGCCUCCGCAAGCAACCUCCACCGGAGGAAAAUGGGGACUACACUUAUGUGGAGCGGAUUCGGGUUCCUCUGAGUCACGGGACACUUUUGGUGAUGGAUGGAGCCACCCAAGACGAUUGGCAGCAUCAAGUGGCUAAAGAGUACCAUGACCGAGGCCCGCGCAUCAACUUGACCUUCAGAACUAUGUACCCAGAGCCAGAGGGCCGCAGGCCGGGGACCUGAGCUGCUAUUCACACCCAACCAACCGUAAACUUGCCCUCAGAGUCAGGUCCUUAGGGCUCAGGAAACCAGGGUUUUCAAAUACUGAUCCACACAAUGCUGGAUGUGAUGGUUGGAGUGUGAACAAGGCUUGAGCUACGAGAUUUUGUCGUGUGUGUGAACGUCACUAAGUCAUUUCAGCUGUUUGAAACAAGUCCUGUAAACACAUCACUCAGUGACAGGCUGCAGUAGGAAUAACAGGGAGAUUUGCUGCUCUGUCUGAAUUGAACCAUAAUAAGACUGCAGUCAUGACCAGUGUUGAUUAUCAGAUAUCAGUGUUUUCAGAGAAGCUAAACAAAAGAAUGGGUGAUAAUCAAGGUUUACUGGCUGGAUAAAACCUCAGCCCUCCAUAUUACUUUGACUUUAUUUAUUGGUUCUGCACAUAACGCUGUUUCUGUUCAUUUCAGCCAAUAAUUCUUUGGUUUAAAUGACAAACCCCCGUUUUGACCCAAAUGGCACGUAAUGAAAAGUGUCUUUAUGAAAGACAAGGUCCCGGUGACUGUAUAGCAAGUCACUGUUGAUGUGACUUUUGGUGAAAUGCCUAAAUUGUAAAUUAUUUCCUGUCUUGUUUAUUUUGGGGAUCUUUUUCGGACAGAACAUAGUUGCUACAAAAAGGAAAGGAACAUUUAGGCAAAUUACAGCUCCAUCAGGACUGGAAUUGGUGAAUUUCCCUGUUGAAUAAGAUUCCUCUAAUCAGUCCCUCAAAGAAAUAGUUCCGUUGUCUUUGUUUUUAACCUCUAAUAUUAAACAGAAGUUUAAGUUGAGCUUACACAAGCAUAAAGUGUAAGGUUUAACAGAGUGUAAAGUUUUUGUUAACAAAACAAGUAACACAUACAUACUGUGGAUAAAAGUACUUGAUAACAAGAAAACAGUGCUGUGCUGCCCAGGCAACAACAGGUAACCAAUGCAAAUUACUUAGCAUACCCAUUUUAUUAUUUCAUUUCCAAUUACGUUUUUUGAUUGAAUGAUGUGUUAUUGUUUACAAAAAACAUUGUUGUUGUUCAAAACACAUUACACAAUGCAAACUAAAUCAAGAUGCCAUACAUGUGCUAGAAAAAACCUAGAGACAUAAAACAAAAUCUAAUUCACAUGGCUAUGGUUGCUACAGCAACAUGUUAACAAUGGCAUACAGUGGUAAAGGUACAGAAGAAUCCCACAGCCAUAAAAAGGACCUUUAACAGCCUGAAAUAGAUCUUAUAAACUGAAGAAAGAGAACCACUAAACAAUGUUCUUGGCAAAGUCACCAACAUAAUAACAAUGUAAAGCAUGUCGUUUCAGAUUCCUCUAGAUGUUAUUAAAGUUAUGUCUUUUUGGUUCAUGCGUAUACCUCCUGGCAAAAGUUCCAUGUUGACUUUGUUCAAACACAACAAUAGUGUAUUUGAUAGGACAUCAAUACUUACACUAUGGUCAUUUGGGCAGAUUACCACACUACGUUUUAUGGAAAAAAACGACUUUGGGUUCUGUGCGUCCAACAUAAUCCUGACAUCUAAAAUUGCAUAAAUUGAGGAAAGUAUAUGUCUUAAGGGGAUACACACUACUUGAAACGCACACAUGAUGGGAUAUUCUUAUUUUGUAACAAGAGAUGCAAGAGGUGUUCUUCAUUGCUGUGGUUCUGAAAUAAACAAUUACUUCUCUGA